AUGAUGGAGCCAUCUUGCUUGCGGUACCACGUUUGUGGUUCUGGUUCGCGCAUGAUAUGGCUAUGCUUUUUUCUAGUACUCGUUCUUCAGAGUUGCAGCCCAGCACUUUCAGACUCACCGUAUUUGGUUGGUAUGGGAAGCUACGACAUAACUGGGCCUGCUGCAGAUGUUAACAUGAUGGGCUAUGCAAAUGCUGAGCAGAUCGCAUCAGGAAUUCAUUUCAGGCUAAAGGCUCGUGCAUUCAUUGUUGCUGAGCCUAAUGGGAAGCGUGUUGUAUUUGUGAAUCUUGAUGCUUGCAUGGCAUCACAGCUUGUUACUAUAAAGGUGCUUGAAAGGCUUAAAGCAAGGUAUGGAGAUCUUUACAAUGAGAACAAUGUGGCUAUCAGUGGAAUUCAUACACAUGCUGGGCCUGGCGGUUAUCUGCAAUAUGUUGUUUAUAUUGUCACAUCUCUUGGGUUUGUUCGCCAAUCAUUUGAUGUAAUUGUCAAUGGCAUUGAGCAGUGUAUUGUUGAAGCUCACAACAACCUCCGCCCUGGGAAAAUCUAUGUGAAUAAAGGUGACCUCCUUGAUGCUGGUGUGAAUCGCAGCCCAAGUGCAUAUCUAAAUAACCCUGCUGAGGAGAGAAGCAAGUAUCAGUAUAAUGUUGACAAAGAAAUGACCCUUAUCAAGUUUGUAGAUGAUGAAGUGGGUCCAGUUGGGAGUUUCAAUUGGUUUGCAACACAUGGAACAUCAAUGAGUCGUACAAAUUCAUUGAUAAGUGGUGAUAACAAAGGAGCAGCUGCACGUUUUAUGGAAGAUUGGGCAGAACUAAAUGGUAUGCCAAAGCGGGGGGCUCAUGUAACUAAUGAUGGUUUAGAAUCUUUGCACAAGAUGUCUGGACUUCCGAGAAGAGUUUCUUCAAUAAUUCCUGAACCAAAUGAGAUAACUGAUGACUUAGUACAGUUGGCAUCAUCCUACGAGGCCUCAGGUGGCAGGCGAUUAUCAGGUUCAAGUAUCACCAGGCGCAUUAGAAGCAGUCAACAAAACAAACCUAAAUUUGUUUCUGCAUUCUGCCAGUCAAACUGUGGAGAUGUUAGUCCAAACGUCCUGGGAACAUUUUGUAUAGACACUGGUCUUCCUUGUGACUUCAAUCAUAGUACAUGUAAUGGGAAGAAUGAACUAUGCUAUGGACGAGGCCCAGGAUAUCCUGAUGAAUUUGAAAGUACCCGUAUCAUUGGCGAUAGACAAUUUCUCAAGGCUGUAGAUCUUUUUAAUUCAGCUUCUGAAGAAAUACAAGGCAGAGUUGAGUAUAGGCAUACUUACCUAGAUUUCUCGCAACUUGAAGUUAAUGUUCCUUCAAGUACAGGAGGAGAGCAGGUGGUGAAAACAUGUCCUGCAGCCAUGGGGUUUGCCUUUGCUGCUGGAACCACAGAUGGCCCUGGAGCUUUUGACUUUAAACAAGGAGAUGUCAAGGGAAACCCUUUCUGGAGGUUAGUAAGAAACUUACUUAAGACGCCAGGGAAGGAGCAAGUUGAAUGCCAAGCUCCAAAACCAAUAUUGCUAGACACCGGCGAAAUGAAGGAACCAUAUGACUGGGCACCUGCGAUACUUCCAAUUCAGAUCAUAAGAAUCGGACAGAUGGUUAUCUUGUGUGUCCCUGGAGAAUUCACAACGAUGGCUGGCAGGCGGCUAAGAGAUGCUGUCAAAGAAGUACUAACAAGUGACAGCAGUGGUGAAUUUAAUGAUAUUCAUGUUGUUCUUGCUGGGCUAACAAACACCUAUUCUCAAUAUGUCACAACUUUUGAAGAAUAUCAGAUCCAAAGAUAUGAGGGAGCAUCGACGUUGUAUGGCCCUCACACCUUGAGUGCCUACAUCCAGGAGUUUCAGAAACUUGCUACAGCCAUGGUUGCAAACAAAGAGAUCCCAACAAAUUUCCAACCUCCAGAUAUGUUGGACAAGCAAAUUGGACUGCUCCCAGGCGUCAUGUUUGAUUCAACACCCCCUGGUGUGAAGUUUGGAGAUAUCAGCUCUGAUGUUCCUGCAAGCUCAACCUUCAGGAAGGGCAGUACAGCGAAUGCUACAUUCUAUUCAGCUUGCCCAAGGAAUGACCUUCUCACUGACGGUACAUUCGCGCUUGUUGAGAAGCUAGAUGGUAGCAACAAUUGGGUUCCUGCCUAUGACGACGAUGACUGGUCGCUGCGUUUCAAGUGGUCAAGACCUGCAAAGUUUAGUUCAAGGAGUUUUGCCACGCUGGAAUGGACAAUUCCUGAAGAUGCCCCCUCGGGUGUUUACAGACUCAGGCAUUUUGGUGCCUCCAAGCCGUUGUUUGGGUCCAUCAAACAUUUUACAGGGACCUCUCGCGCAUUCGCUGUGCGUUAG